GCCAGAACGAGCCAGCCACACACACCCACAAACAAGCAACAACCACAAACACAACGCCAGGUGUCUGGUCCUUUCCGCAACCAAGCAGGCAUCUUCCCGCCUCUCGGAAUCGUGUCCUUGGCGUCAUCUCCGCUGCCGGCCAUCUGUCUGGUGGGUUGUGUUGUGUUGUGUGAAGUCUCGCAGCCCCCAAAGCAGCCCUUGAAGACGAGCUGCCAAUUGGAGCUUAGUUACGUUCUGACAACGGCCAGCUGCUGUGUUGCUGGCAAGUUUCCGCGACCAAAAGGCCAAGGCCAACCAACCAGCCACCGGCAAUCCAGAGCAGCAGCCCAUCCGAUCUACACAUCCACCCACCCACCAGCGCGACAUCAGCCGAACACUCACGCAAGGGACUAAUCCAGGGAGGGGCAGCCUCGCCAACGUGAAUAGAGUGAGCCAUGAGCUCUCCCCAACGGGCACCGCCCUCCCCGCUGCAGGACGGCGAGCACAUGCCGUACCGGCGCGGGCAAGACAUCAGCGAAUCAGAGCUGGAGGACCAGAACCCCAACAUCAGCCUGCCCGUGGACUUUGAGCACUUUUUGCAUGUGGGUGCGCAGAACCUGGGCGACGUGAAUGUGCUCUGCCGCGAUCAGCAGAAGGCGUUUGAGGAGGUGGUGGCCAGGCGCACGCGCCGCCUCCCACAGCCGCCACAGUCGCCAAUGAUCGACGACAAGCGCACCAACAAACCCACGCCCCGGAUGCCGGCAACGGCGCCCGCAACGCCGCGCGCCAUGUCGCGGCAGUCCUCAUCAUCGUCGCAGCAGAGCGGCCGCAGUGCCCCGCGCACGCCGUCCAGCCGCCUCCUCCGCACCAUCCUGCGCAGCGACACCCCAUCAAAGCGGCGCGGCAAAGAGGACACGCGACAGCACGUGCAGGAGGCCAUUGAGAGCAUUGAGCAGGGCCGUCUGCAGCGGCUGAGCGAGCUCCUCGAAUCAGACAGUGUCGACGCCAACGCGUGCGAUGCUGACGGCCACACGCUGCUUGACCUUGCGGUCAUGCUCAACCAGAUUGGCUGCGUCAAGCUGCUGCAGCUGUACGGCGGUGUCGAAACAGAAGCAUAUGUGGAUCCAAAAGUGCGGGAGCGCCGCUUGGAGGUGCUGCUGCGUGCAAAGCAGAUUGCGCUGGGGAAAAUCCUGGACGACAUCAAGGCCGGCGCAAGAAAUCUGUACCAGGAGCACGAGGAGAGUCGGGUCAUCUGCGAGCGGUCUGUGUCGCUGUAUCGCAAGUGGCACAAGGUAUACCGCAGUGCCGGCAAGCCCGCCGCACCACGCAACGUGCGCCUCUCUACCAGUGCUCCUGACGCAAUCACUGUCCACAUUUCCGACGUCCUUGACCAUGGCGGCGCAGUCGUCACCCGAUACAAAGUGCUGUGGAGCAACUCCCCCUCCUUUGAGGACGCGGAACACAUCUUCAUUCCAGCCGUUGUCUCCGAUUUCACACUCACACAACUCCCACAGGGCAAACCGUGCUUUGUGCGCGUCGCCAGCUGUAACAUGACCGGGGUGGGCCCUGCUGUGCAGUCGACGCCGCCGUUCCUGGUGCCGUCGUCGUGGCGAGAGGUCGACAAUACGCCCUCACGCAUCGAGCCGCUGCACAGGGAGCUUGCAAGCAUCGAGGAGCAAUUGGCUGGCGAGGGCCUUCUCUUGGACACGCUGCCGCUGCCAAAGAAGAACCAGAAGUUUGGCCAUUCACUCAAGUUGACAAAACCAACAAAGCGCGGGCUGUAUUUUGCUGCGUGUGUGUUUGACCGCAACGACCGCAAUUCGGUGCUGGCGCACGGGUCCACUCUCCCGUGUGUCCUCGUUGACGAGCACAUUGGCACACAGGACGUCGCAGCCAUCGUGCAGUUCCUGCAGAUGCUGUCGUUCUCGUGGCGCUUCUCGCGCUUCAUGUCGCUCCUCAGCGGGGACGUGCACUCGCUCCACACCCGCCGCCGCGCCGCCGAGGCCGUGGCCGCCAUCCAGCACGCGGUCGGUGCCGUCAAUCUCGGUGUUGUGUACUUCCAGCCGCUCGUGGAGGAGUGUGGCGCCACCACCAUCGUCGCAUGCAGCGGUGUCGCCCGCGCUGAUGUCAAGACAAACCUCACGUGGACCUCGUCAUCCGCGCUCAAGGACAACAGCAACCUGCUUGGUGCCCUGUCGUCCAUGGUUGAGUAUGGCCGCGGGUGUCUGGAUCCACUGCAGCCCGGCCUCUACCUUGCAUCUGUGUUUCCCCACAGCACCGUCAACGGCCUGCGCAUCUCCACGCGCAAGAGCAGUCCAAACCUUCCCCCGUGCCACAGGCUGCGUGCACACAACCACGUCUCCAAGGACGAGUGGACGUUUUUGCGAAAGGCGGAGACCAACGGCACCACAACACAUGAUCGCUCGGGCACAGCAACACACGGGAGCGAGCUUGCCCAGCGCAUUCUGGAGACCGGACCAAAGCUCCUGCAGGAGUCGAGGGUGGACGAGACAUCCGCUCUCAAGUAUCGGCUGUACACGCCCGAAGUGAUUGAGUUGAACGCGUCGACAUCGCUGCUGGUAGUCGUGCCGGACGAGGACUACUCACUAGACACAAAGGCGGUGGCCGUCGCCGAAUCAAGACAGCACAUCACCCUCGCAGCAAAGUCGCUUGAGCUGCUGAUGUGGCAGCGGUUCCAGCCCGUGCUGACUCAGCAGUAUGCGCGGCUGUGGCUCUCCGCCAGCAGCCAGGUGAUUGCUUUGCAGUUUGCGCUGCGAAAGGCGUUGGGCCCGCAAGCGAAAGAGAUUGACGGCAUCCUCUCCGUCGCACAACGCGCCCUCGAGCGACUGGACAAUGCCUGGCACAAGGCGCGCUUCUUCUCCGAUGUCGUCCGCUGGUGCAAGGACUCCGCAAAGACGCAGUCAUUCGUCACGCUCGGGGAUUUGAAGAAGCGGGUGCGGGUGCGACCAGAAGCACCAGAACGACGGCCAUCCACGACGGAGAAGAAAUCGAAGAGAAACAGCUCUCUCCGCCUCGCCACAGACACUCAGGGCAAAGGCCUGUUGACGGUCUUUGCGCAGUCGCGAGACGAUGAGACUGCCCUUGUUCGCCACAAGGUGUACGUCCCCCACACCACCGCCGCCUCCCGCGUCACCAAGACCCUCAUCGAGGAGAUGCAGCUUCCAGCAGACAACAGCGAUGCAUACGCUCUGUUCCUUGUCUCAGCGAGUGGCGAGAAGAAGCGUGUGCCAGACGGGUGCCGGCCACUGCUGAUGCAGAGCCAGUGGGAAGACGAAGACUCGAAACUCGUCCUCAUCACACGCUGAUCCCAUUUCAUGUCCUUCCCCGGCUUGCCCAUGCACAUCUGCAUGUACUCGUGUGCAAUGCUGUGCACAUUUCUCUGCAUGCCUUGUUCAGUUUGAAUCCCCUCUUCUUACCUUUCCCCUCUUCUGUCUGCCUUGCUGUGCCGCAUUUUUUUGACCAGCGUACUUGCUUGCCCCUGACGCAAUACUUGUUCAUCAUAUUGUUCCUUUUACUUGCGUUACAGACUAUUUGAAGCUUUGUUCCCCCGUUUUCACGUGCAUGCACAUGCCAGUAUGUGCGUUGCUGGCGUGUCCCUGCUGGCUGUUUUCAUAGAAAUACAGUAGUUGCCAAACGACGAACGUUCGCC